AUAAAGAAUCUGCCAGAAGAAUCAAUUGAGGACUGAUGUGGGUUAAAUGUCAUGUAGGGAAGGAAAUCCGUCCAGUUAACCCUCUUUGUUGCGCUUUAAUGGGAUGUUCCAGCAGCCUGUGCGCUUUUCUCCUCUCUCUCUCCACAAUCCGGGCUGUCGCUUUAAGACAACGAUAGCUUUGUGUCUCAUUAAUUCAAUGUACGGCGACGCGUUAGUGGAGAAACCUUAUUAGAAGCAGCGAGAGAGAGGAGAGAUCAGAGCUGGACGCACGCUGACGCACGACUGGCUUCAAUCUCAUAUAUAUUUAGAAAAAAAGCCGAAGUUGACACUGAACCGUGGGUGUUUUUCUCUGUUUCUGAAGCAUGAAGGCGUCCUGAGGAUGGGCUGCUUGGAAUAAGACUCCGCAUCACCGCGCACCAAAAAGGAGGAUUUUAUUUGUUCCCACCGGCAGCUGGAGCAGAGAGAACAGAUCGGAGGACAGCGGAUCAGAAGGCAUGUCGUCUGAAAAACACGGACUCGACGACUCCGGCCGUCAGACCAUGCAGCCUCCUCCCUACCUGCCUGGCCCCCAGGACCCCACCGUCCCCCAGCACCCCAACAUGCCCCCGGCCCCGGGCACCCAGCCCAACUCCCCGCCGCCCCCUCCCCCGGGCUCAGAGGGGUACCUCCAAGAGACUCAGUUCCACUGCGGGCCGAUGGGGCCACCAGGGGCCCCUCAGGGCUACACCGUCCAGACCCAGGCCCCCGGAGGCACCAUGGCACACCCCCCUGUGGGGUACCUCCACCCCGGAUACCCCCUUCAGCUGCAGCCCUGCACGGCCUACGUCCCCGUCUACCCCAUGGCAUCGGGUCAGCCCUACAUGCCAGCAGGAGGAGCCCACCCAGGGAUCCCACCGGGUCAGAUCCACCCCAUGCAGAUGCCGCCCAGCAUCACCCUGAUGGACCGCCGGCCGCCUCACGACUACCUGCCCAUCGCCGUCCUCACCACCGUCUGCUGCUUCUGGCCCACCGGCAUCAUCGCCAUCAUCAAAGCUGUGCAGGUUCGUACGGCGAUCGCCCGAGGCGACAUGGUGACGGCAGAAAUAGCGUCCCGCGAGGCUCGCAACUUCUCCUUCAUCAGCCUGGCGGUGGGCAUCGCCUCCAUCGUGCUGUGCACCAUCCUCACCGUGGUGGUCAUCAUCGCCUCGCAGCACCACGACGACGACUGGGAGCCCUAACUCCACGCCGAUCUCCUGACGGGGCACGUUUCGUUAGCUAACUGCUCUUUGGAGGAAAUAGGAAAAUGCACUCAAACUGUUUCCCCGCUCGCCGGCUCCGACCCAACCUGCUGCCAACAAACGCUCACCGACGACCAAAAACCGAUCAAUCACAGCCGAUGUUUCGAUGCCAAAUGUCAGGAGAGGCCCGGUAUUUCUGUUAGCGCAGCGGCCGCUUUAAUAUUUACACUCAGAUACGAGCUGCAGGAGGGAAACAAAGCUCCUCACAUUAACUAUUCAUAUGACACUGAUAAAUUCAUGCUCCCCUUUGCUGAUGUAGUUACACGAGAGGAUAGAUCGCUGUGUCUUUUAAGUAUUUACAGUGAGACGGCGUGUUCAAAAAGGUUUAUUUAGCUCAGGGGUGUCAAACUCAUCUUAGUUCAGGUUCUACAUUCAGCCCAAUUUGAUCUCAAGUGGACCGGACCAGUAAAAUCACAGCAUAACAACCACAACUCCACAUCGUUCCCUUUGUUUUAGUGCAAAAAAUGUACAUUCUGAAAAUGUUCACACUUUUUUUUUUCUCAAAAUAUUAUGACCAACCUGAAAUUUUUGAAGAAAAAUAAGUUAAAUGUCAACAACAUUCAGCCUCAGUUUGUCAUUUACACAUUAGAACUUCUAGAUCACAGAGUGUCUGCAAUGGAACACAACAUUUAGUCAUCUGGAACUGAACCGUAUCGUAUUUUAUCUUGUGAUCAAAUGCCAAAGGUCAGAUGAAAAACAACAACAAAAACAAGACAAAAUGUUACACAAAUCAGACGCAAAAUGACAAAGACAAGAAACAAAAUGACAAAUGCAUGAGACAAGCAACAAACGUUGGACAAAAAAAGACAACAAGCAAAAAAAAAGACAAAAUAUUUCAAAAAUGAGACACAAAAUGACAAAAGUGAGACACAAAAUGACAAGAAAAAUGGACAAACCACACAAGUGAGACAAAAAAACAGAAAUAACAAAAAUGAGACGAAAAAAUUACAAAAACUCAAAGUCAAGCAGCAAAAGUCAGACAAAAAACAAAAACAAGACAAAAUAUUAAGGGGAAAAGAACAAUGAACAAUUUAGUAUUUUAAUUAGACGAAGUUACAAUGCAACAAAAAAAUGGAGACAAACAAGACAAAAAAUGACAAAAAGAACAAUCGAGACAAAAAGGAAACAGAAAAUGACAGAAAUGAGAAACAAAACAACGAAAACGCGAGACAAACGACAAGUCAGACAAAAAACAACAAAAAAACAAGACAAAAUAUUACAAAAAUGAGACACAAAAGAAAAAAGAACAAUCGAGUAUUUUGCUUUCUGGUCAAAACAACUUGUCAUGGCCUAGGAAUUAUUUUAAAUUUAUAGUUUUACUCAUUUACAAUCUGCAGUUAAAGUCUUCUCUGGAGUUUUUACGCUUUGAGGGCCGGAUUGGACCCUCUGGAGGACCACUUUUGGCCCACGGGCCUCAUGUUUGACACCCCUGAUUUAGCUUAAAUAAGGCUUACAUUUUAAUCUUGCAGGUACAAAAAUCGUGUGUUUUCUGAAACAGUGUUGAUUUCAAGAGUAGUGUUAGAGGACGAUGGAUAAAACGCACCAAACAGAGGCUGGACUCUCAACCAAACAGAGUAUUUAUUUCAGAUUAUUUGUGUGGAUGAGAAGAUACCUAACUUAUGGAUUACAUGUUUGUUAAUUUAUUUGAAAUGUGUUAUUUAUUAAGUUAUUCUAUAUCUACCCAUGCAGCUAUAGUUUACAGUAUAUCACCAGUUUAUUGCCGCUGUCUGACACUAAAAAAUCGGUAUGAAUUUGAUAUCUUUAGACAGAUAAUAUUGCAGCUGCUUCCACUCAUAGUCCUUCUAGUGCAUGAUGAGUAUAAAUUUAAGCUAAUGGGCUUUUAGUGCAAAACUAGUUUGUCUCCCAGCUGUUGGUGGGAACAUUUCCUGAGAUUAGUGUGUGCUGCAGUAUUUUUCAAAAACCGUCAAAACAAGACGAGGAGACAACUUAAGUAUUUGAGUUUUAGGUUUGCAAAUAUUGUUUUUUAUCGCGAGUACUUUAGAAGUGUAGUUUUGUGUUGCACAUCUCUCGCUAUUUACUCUUUGGGACACCGUUUAUGAGACUUUAGUGCAACGUUAGACGUACGAGGCAACAUAACCCUGCAUGUCAUCCUCAGUUUGUUUCCAUUCGUCUUUAAUAUUAAGGCUCCUAUGGUGUUUGGUUUCCAUAACGUAGCGUAGUUCUGAACGGCUGGCUGUGGCGUUACGCUACGAACUUUGACUUUUCAGGAGUUACGAAAUGAAUGUUUCCAAUAGGAGAGAGAAAAUAUUAUUGCCUAUACUGUAUUGUAGCACUUUCCACUCUUAUUGCCCCAGUUUACCCCCUAUACUCUCUCAUUUUGUCUUUCUCCUGACCACAUGAGCUAACGGACCUAUUAACAUAUCUCUUUGUGCGCCCCCCAAACCUCUCCCUUCCUGUUCCCUUUCCUCCAUUGGUUCCUAUAAUGAUGAUGAUAUUUUUAAAAAAUUAUAUAGAGAUAUUAAAAUCUAUGAAAAAUAUGUUUGUUGACGAUGAACACAAAUAGAAACUCAGUUUAUACUGUAGUUUAUUAUUUGAAUAUUAUUAUUAUUCAUAUGUAUAUUAUUGGGUUGAAACACAUCUAGGCCCAUAUUUAUCACACAGAGACACACAUUUAACCUACAACUAAGGGUUUCUUCCUCCUCAUUUGCAUUUUAUUUUUUAUUUAUGUGAAAUACGUUGCGAUGUGCUAAUAAUAUUCUGCAUAAACAGCCUAAAUAAAUGGGAAUGAAACAAUAAGGAUUUGGCUGAAAUUGAAACAAAACUAAAAUGAACCACCAAUUGAUAAAAACAAAAAUAAGCUAAAAUGGAUGUAUUUUGGAUUAUAUUGCUUUUACUAGUCAUAUUCAUUGUUAUGAAUGAAAUGAGCCUUCAAAACAGGUCUCAGAUGUUGUUUUCUUUUGUGGACUACAGUCAUUGAAAAGCUACUAAAUGUACUAAAAGGCUAAUAUUUGGGUUGUUAUAUUUUAAUAUCAGAGACAACUAGCGAUAAGCAUUACAAAGUUUAAAUAAAUAUACAAGACUCUACAGUGUUAUCUAAAAUAUAAAUUUAUCUUAAUAAUUUAAAUAUUAAGCUGAAAACAUUACAGUAUCAUAGAACAUAACACCACUUUCAUGUUAAUUCUUAAUUUCCUGUAGGUGCUAGCUUAGCUUAGCGCAGCUGGAAACAGGGGAAAACUACUAGCCUGACUUUGUAACAAAAUCUGCCUUCCAGUCCUUCUAAAUUACCAUUUUUACACCUUUUGUUUGUACAUAUUGAAGAGUAAAAGGUGUAAUGUGUUAAUUAGUGCGCUUUAGAGGUGGAUUUUCUGACAUUUAGACGGUGCUAUGCUAACUGUACUCCACUGUUGCUAAAUUUACUUUUAUAAUUGAAAUAUUAAGCUUAAAACAUUACAGUACCAUAAAACAUAACACCACUUUCAUGUCCAUACAUUAAUUCUUAAUUUCCUGUAGGCUUUAGCUUAACUUAGCUUAGCUUAGCACAAAGACCGGAAAUAGGGAGAAACUACUAGCCUUUGUAACAAAAUGUAGUAAUUAGCGCGUUUUAGAGGUGGAUUUUAUGACAUUUAGACAGAGCUAGGCUAGCUGUUCCCCACUGUUGCUAAAUUUACCUUAAUAAUUUAAAUUUUAAGCUUCAAACAUUACAAAAUGACAGAACAUAACACCAUUUUCACGUCUGUACAUCCAUUCUUAGUUUCCUGUAGGUGCUAGCUUAACUUAGCUUAGCUGGAAACCGGGAGAAACUACUAGCCUGACUUUGUAGCAAAAUCUGCCUUCCAGUGCUUCUACAUAGCCGUUUUCUUUUCACAUAUUGACAAGUAAAAGGUGUAAUGUGGUAAUUAGUGUGCUUUAGAGGUGGAUUUUAUGACAUUUAGACAGAGCUAGGCUAGCUGUUCCUCGCUGUUGCUAAAUUUACCUCAAUAACAUAACACCACUUUCAUGUCUGUACAUUCAUUCUUAAUUUCCUGUAAGCCUUAGCUUAGCUUAGCUUAGCCCAAAGACUGGAAACGGGGAGAAGCUACUAGCCCGACUUUGUAGCAAAAUCUGCCUUCCAGUGCUUCUAAAUUGCUGUUUUUACAUUUUUUGUUUUAUGUAAUGGCAAGGUGUAAUGUGGUAAUAAGAGCGCUUUAGAGGAGGAUUUUAUGACAUUUAAACAGAGCAAGGCUAGCUGUCCGCCUCUGUUGCUACGCUAAGCUAACUUUAUCGGAUAGGUAUGAGAGAAGUAUUGUUGUUUUUAUCUAACUGAGCAAAACAGAUAAUAAAUAAAUCUCCCAAACUGCUAAACUAUUUAUGUUAUUAAGGAGGAGUAAAAUGUCAGCUAAAGCUACUGAGCAGGACUAACAGGCUAACUGUGUCCCUUCUCUGUGUGAUAAAUAGAGGCCCUGUGGUUAUAUUGACACCGUGAUAUUUAGUGUUAAAUGAAGCACAGUGCAGUUUAGUAUUAUAUUUAUUGUACAGAAGGGUCUGUCUGCUGAACAGAGCCUCUCCUGGCAUAUCUAGUGUAUCUGGUGCUUUCUGGAAGGACUGACUGCAGCCGGGAGAUGUGUUCCUCAUUUCUCUUUUUCUUUGUUUUCUAAGCUUGUAAAUGGUUGCUUGUUCAAAGAGCCAAAAAAAACAAACAAACAAAAAAACAAUGACCUGUGUACAUGUGGGGUUUAUUAUUCUGAUUCUGUUCAUGGCCGUGUUGCACAUGCAUUGGUUGUUUCUGACUUCAGUUGUUGAAUAAAAGAAUAAUUUUGGGUUGGG